AGUCCUCUUGAAUAGUUUUAGAAUUCAAGAAAAAAAGAUAUUUCUUUGGAUUAUUAGUAAUGUUCAAGUACCAUUAUACUUUAUUAGUUUCGUUAUUUUACUGUAUGUCGAAAAUUCAUGGCGGAAAAUGUGACGAGCAAAAACGCUUGAUGGAACUAGAAGACAUAAUCGUUGAUUACUUCAAUACCACUUACUUCGAUGAAGAUACCUUUGACAUUUCCGUUAUCUACAAUACUGACUCUGACAAUACAAUGAGAAUUAAGUUCGAUAUCAUUCACGAGCUUCCGUCUGAAAUUUUUCUAAAAAUGAAAGUGUGGGGGCGUGCAUUUGGCCAAUACCAGGUUCCAACUGGUAUAUCAGUGGAGAUUAACGUGUGCGACAAUCAAUUGAAAAAGUAUUUUCUGGAACAAAUAUUGCAGACUAUCGGCAUUACGGACUGUCCACCUAAAAAGGGCGUGUACGAAUUCGAAGGUAUUUCUCCGAAUAUAAACGGACUGCCCUUAUACGCCUUACCAGGACUGCAUCUUCUAGUCGACAGUGAAGUUUAUUCGACGAGCAUCAGCCUGAUGAAGGUCAAAGCCUAUAUGAACAUCGAUUAAGCAUCAUUAGUAAUAUUUCAUGUUACUACCAUGUUAUUGCAAUAAUUAUGGCACUACGCCCACAAACUUAAUCAACAACGGGCAUAACGAUCCCCGAAAUCCAAGCCUCAUUUCCAUCCCAUUACACAACCGAUCACCAGCAUCAACCGGUCCCCAGACCAGCCGAUAAAAUCGGCUCCACUCGCCACACUGAAUUUCUGCUUACGGGGGAUCGAGCGCGAGAGGGCUGCAAGAGCGAGAACUCGCCAGUGCCCAGAGCCGCGAUUCUUGUCACUGAUACCGACCACUAACAAGCUGAGUCGAUUUUUUUUUCUUCCUCGCUCCAUUCUCUUCUCUCUCACUCUCUCGGUUACUCGCUCGCUUGCGCGCUUAUAUACCGAGAGAAGGAGCGACACGACGAGGCGAAUUACAUCGCGCGCUAAUUUGGAUUUAUGUUCUCAUUCGCACGUCCCGAUUCGUCCUUGUCGAUAUGUACCUACUUGGAAGCUAUUUUCCGUGUGCGGUGUUUCAGUAGAAGUGUCUAAGGCUUUUUCCGAAACUCUUACCCCGUUAAACGGUAUACCACUGUACAAGAGUGUGGCAGGAAUAAAACGAUUU